AUGGCAAGCGUGGUUGCAGACAGCUUCUGUGACGCCAACACAAAAGAGUUGAUAGUGAAGAAGAAAUACGACAGAUUCUUGAUACGCCAACAAUACGAACUGACUGAUACGAAUGGGAAGCUGUUGCUGAAAGUGGAAGGAUCAAGCCUGAGCCUCCAUAAGAAGAGGGUGAUGCGUGAUGCUUCAGGCUCGCUGGUCCUGACGAUGCGUCAGAAGGUGAAGCUGGCGACGCUACGGCAUCGGUGGAGGAUUCAUCGAGGCAAGAGCUCCGAGAAGAAGGAUCUGAUAUUCAGAGUCGAAAGAUCGCACCCUCUGGAAAUGAAGGCACACCUUGACGCGUUCAUGGCUGAGCAUGGUGAUGGAGAUGAUGAUGAAAACAUUAAUAAGACGUCCAGUUUUCAACUUGUGAAGACUUACUCUGACCUUUCAUGCAGAGUUUAUAGAGGCGAUGGUGUCAUUGCUCAGGUGACGGAAGGCUUGCCGACCAGAAGCUUCUUCAACUUCAAAGAAAGUUUCAGAGUGAAAAUUAACGGUGGGGUAGAUUAUGCUUUCAUCUUUGCGUUACUUGUAAUGUUCACCGUUAAUGACUACAUUUAG